UUCCAACUUCUUAAACAUCUCAUUCAGAUUAAAUAUCCUAUAAUCUUUAACCAUUCCACAAUCAAUUCCUCUCAUUAUCAUUUCAUUUAUUCAUUCAUCAACAAAUUUAAUCAACAAUGGCUGACAGAGCAGAGAUUGAACGAGUUUUCAAGCGCUUCGACGUGAACGGCGACGGCAAGAUCUCUUUGACAGAGUUUGCUGAUGCUCUCAAAGUGUUAGGGCUAACCUCACAGGAUGAAGUUCAACGUAGAAUGGCAGAGAUUGAUAAAGAUGGUGAUGGCUUUAUUACACUUGAAGAGUUGGCUGAAUUUCAAAGUUCUCAUCCUAACUUGAUGGUUGAUAUCAUGAAGAAACUCUAAACUUUUUAUCUCUUAUUAUUAUUAUUUUCAUCAUCAUAAAUCAUUCUUCUUCUUCUUUUUUAUAUGUAUAAAAAAAUUAAAGUGAAGAGAUGAUGUUAGGAUAAAUCAUCCUGCUUUAAUUUUAAUUUGUUGUUAUCAUGUUUUUCAAUAAUUAAUUUCAGAUUUAUUUA